CUGCGCCAAGCCCGAUCCCGUACAAAAUAAGACGUACUUGCAGUUCGGCCCGUUCAUACAGAUGAGCAUCGAGCGCGAGGAGCGCAUCUAUCAGGUCUAUCCGCCGACCUCGGGCUGGCUCUACUGGGACAGGUGCAACGGCAACUGCGAGCGUCACGCCUACAGUCACGUAAUGGCGCCCGGCGAGUACGGCUGCGGCCAUCGACUGAGAAACUGUCGCGCCUUCGAUAACAACGUCGAUAUUUGCUACGCCCAGCCUGCCAUGCCGCGAAGGUACGAGUACGCGGUGGGCACCAACGACAAGGUUUACGGGAACAACGACGAGGAAUGCGGCGGAACGAAAGAGACGCUGGCCAAGUUCACCAAUCUGAACUCGUUCGCGUGCGAAAUUUGCGUCUGCACGUGCGAGGAGCUGCACGCGCCGGAUCACUUCGUCGAUCUCGGAGAGGUCACGUCCAACGUGGACGAGAAUAAAGUCAUAGUCGGACUUCGCUUCAAGCGUAUGUUCGGCAUACUGUACAUGGAGGCGAAGACGGCCAAAUUGUUGCCGUCGGGCUUGAUCGAUCCCAAGACCAAGUCCUGGACAAAGAAGGAGUUGAAGAGGGAGGACGUGGAGGGACUCGUGGAGGGCGUCGAUCACGUGCGACUCACCUGGAGAAACAGGUCGUUCGCCCUGGACGACAUCGAGCUCGAGAACGACUACGUCCUCACCGGGGUGAAGUUCGUCUACGACGGCGGCCUCGUCAAGGUCGCGGCCCGAGGUAAUUUUUACGACUUCGAGGCGGGCACGGUGGAUCCGGAAGAGGAGUUCUGGAGCGUCAGCGGUGAAUCCAAGGGUCUCGAGGAAUACGGCCAACUGUCGGUGGAGGAUCGGGACGUACCGACGGAUCAUUUGGAAAAUCACGUCGACUCGGUCGAGGGACAGUACCUGAACUUGACGACGAGCAGCAUGAAAAACGACGCGGGCCAGAGCGUGGUGCCGUUCGUCGACGCGCUGCCCGUCGUGCCCAAGCAACUGAUACCACUGUCGGGCUUUGGACUGAUCCACAAGGGCGGCAGAAAGACCUCGGGAUAUCUGGCGCUCAAGCUCUUGGGCUACGACUUUGAGCCGCACGUUUCGUAA